GCGAUGCACUCCAUAUCCACACACUUCACCACCGAUAUGAGGAUAUCUUGAAAUAGAAUCCCGGUGGACCCCUUCCCCCAGUGUCUUACUCUACGCAGCCGGUUGGCUGUCGCUUCUCACCUUUUCGCCCCUUUUGCCAUCGAGACUCACCACCAGGAUCUGCGCCGGGCUUUAUAUAUCUCGACCCCUCCACCUUCCUCACACCAACAUGAAAGCCAAACACACGUGCACAGCGCCUACAGAGGGCCUUGAUUCCGACCCGCCACCAUGCUCCUCCUUCCCCUCCUCUUCAUCCUCGCCACCCUCACCCGGGCAGACGAAACCGACUGCAACCCGCUGAACCAAACCUGCCCGGCCGACGCGGCCCUCGGCACGGCACACACCUGGUGGUUCAACCGCACGCUGGACAGCACCCUGUGGAACAUGACGACCGGCACGCCGGCGUACACCGCGGAGGGGGCGAACUUCUCGAUCCGCAGCGUCAACGGCUCGACGCUGCUGCAGUCGAACUUCUACAUCUUCUUCGGGGUGAUGGAGGCGCACGUCAAGAUGGCGGCGGGGCCCGGGGUCAUCAGCAGCGUGAUCCUGCAGUCGGACGACCUCGACGAGAUUGACUGGGAGUGGGUGGGCUACAACACCAGCGCGGUGCAGUCGGACUUCUUCGGCAAGGGCAACACCACCACCAGCGACCGCGGCGGGAUCCACGCCGUCGCGCACGCCGACUCCCAGUUCCACAACUACACCUCGUACUGGGACCGCGAGCGGCUUGAGUGGUGGAUCGACGGCCGCCUCGUGCGCACCGUCCGCUACUCCGAGCCGCUGACCCUGUACGGCCGCAAUUACCCGCAGACACCCUGUCGCGUCAAGGUGAGCGUGUGGCCCGCCGGCAUCCCGUCCGAGUCGCUCGGCAAUAUUGAGUGGGCCGGCGGCCUGGUCGACUGGGAUGAUCUGCCGUUCACCAUGGCGGUGCAGCGCAUCCGCGUGCAGGACUUUCAUACCGGGAGGGAGUAUCAGUAUACGGAUCGGUCGGGGUCGUACGAGAGUAUCAAGGUGGUUAGUGGGAACUCGACGGCGAAAGCGGAGAUCAACAAGACCCCCAAGAAGACGCUGGCGCAGAAAUGGGCGGAUCUACCGACCGCGGCCCAUGUCGGGGUGUACUGCGCCGCCGCGGUUGUCGCCGCCGCGGCCGUGGCGGCGUUCGUGCUCUACUGCAUACGGCAACGGCGUCAGGGGAGGCUGGAGCGGGCGCUGGCUGAAAGCCCCCGGAGCCCAGUCCAGUCGACCGAAAUGGAUACGUAUAAGAAGCAGUGGCGGCAGAGCGAGUGGGGACGACGGGGGUACCAGAAUGUCGAGCAGUAGUUGCUGACGAUGCACUCCUAUUCCAUGGGCAGCUUGGAUGCAGAGGUUGGGAACUGCCUUGGCGAGACUCUUUCGCCCCAUGAUAGAUAUAUUCACCU